AAGUCAAUCGGUCAGGUGGCAUCUCCACAGAACAUGGAUGGAUAUGUGACUUUUCGGCUCGUGAGCCUUUUUCAGCUUCAUCAAGUUAUUUGUUUUCAGUGAAUAUCUGGCUUUCUUGCAGGAAACAGCCACCCGAUGGACGGGGAUGAAAGCAAAAGAACUCGAACGGCCUACAGCAGGGGUCAGCUGUUGGAACUGGAAAAAGAGUUCCACUUCAGCAAGUACAUCUCCAGGCCCCGGCGGGUGGAACUCGCCGCGUUGUUGAAUCUCACCGAGAGGCACGUCAAAAUCUGGUUCCAAAACAGGAGGAUGAAAUGGAAGAAGGAAGAAGCGAAAGGGCAAGUCAAGACCAUUACAAGCAAAGCAAAACGCACGCUAUGCGAAAACUAUGCGGGAGAGGAGUUUGAAGGGAGUUACUCCGAAAACUCAUUCAAUAAGACAAAUAAUGAUUUUUCAGUUACUGCGAUGAAUAGCGAAGUUGGACAUCUACUAUUAGCACAGGAAUUACAUUUUUAACAUAUCCUCCUAAAAAUAUAUUGAUUAUUGUUAUUCUUGCUGGUAAAUGUUGUACAAUUUUAUCAGUUAUUCAA